UCGUGCGCUCUCCCCUACAAUAGAUGCCAGUCUUCGUCAUGUCUUUAAGAACUUAAGACGUUAAGAUGAAUUUAAAUCCAUAUCGAGAAGAAAAUGAAAAUGUGACAGUUUUUGAUAACUUUACAAAUAAUUUUAAUGGAACGACUUCUCAAGAGCAAACCCAAGAGUGGAUUGUCGCCGCUUAUUUUGCUUUGCAAGCCUGCGGCGGUGUUCUAAACGUGCUUCAUAUUUUAGCAUUAAUAAGAAGCAGGAGAAAUGGUAUUUUAUCGCUAAUCCUACAAAUUUCAUUAGUCGACUUGGGCUCUCUGUACGUGGGAGUAACCGAAAUCCUGACUCUACGCCACCAAAGUUGGUAUUUGUCCCCGGAAUUUUGCCCCUUUUUCAAAGGAACCGAAGUGCUUGUGAACACUCUAACAAUUUAUUUAAUAAUUUGCUUUAAUUUUCACGUGAUUUCCCUCUGGAAUUUGCACGAAAUUCAAGGAAAGAAAACCAACAAGAAUCCGCUCACAUCGUGCGACAAAGACGACUCCAAUGAAUGCCUCGUCGCCAAACAAGAAAAUGCAAAUCGUUUAGUGACUAUUGAUUACAGCAAACGCAAAGACGACGUCUCGAUUGUUUUCCCGAUAAUUUUCGUAUGGAUCGUGAGUUUGUCUUUGAGUGUUCCUAAUUUUACCCUGUCGUCGACACUCAAACUGAAGCAAAAUUACACGCUCUGUGCGGUUAUAGACUCGUAUUAUGGACAAGUUUUGCAACACUCGCUUGUGAUUUUUAAAAUAGCCUUACCGGUGUUGUUACUCUUUUUGUCUCUUAUUAUUUUAACGAUCAAACUGACGCAAACCUCAACAAGCGAUAUUGAAAAUGUGUUAACCAAGAAAAUGUGCGAAAUCCGAAAACUUUUGAUUUUUGGAAUAGUUAUAACUAUUGCCUACUUUUUGACUUCGUUUCAAAGACAAUUUUUGCAUUUUAUUCACGUGAUUUCGCACACGUUUGCGAAAAACACAGUCAAUAAUUUUAAAAUGCCCCCACUGUACAACAGUUAUUUGAAUAAGACAAACAUCACUUACCUUGCAAUGUUACACUAUUUUGGUUGUUCUCUUCGAAGUCUCUUAUGUCUUGCGUUGUUACCGAAAUUUCCGUAUUUAGUUAGAAGUAAGAUUUUGAUUUGUUAUAAAAUAAAAGAGUGAAAUAAAAAAUUAAGAACUGUU